AUGCCCCCAUCAAUAGAUCGACAAUCACAAUCAUCUAUCAUAUCAACAUUUUCGAGUGAAAAUAAUUCUAAUCUAUCAGACAAAGUUCAACUAAUAGAUUCUCCUAAAUUUGAUAAAGAAUUGUCUGAUUUAACAAUGGUUGGUGGUGGUAAACCAACGCAUGAAGAAACAUUAACCAGUUGUAAAGCAACAGCCAUGGUUUAUAAUGAUCAACAAAAAAAAUGGUUAACAUGUGCUACAACGUCGAAUGGUCCAGCAAAAGUUCAAUUAUUAUAUUCUCAAGAUGCAAAUACAUAUCGUAUUGUUGGUAGACAAAUUCAAGAUCAUGAAGUUGUUUUAAAUCAUAUGAUAACAAAGGGAAUUAAAUGUAAUCGUGCAACACCAACAUUUCUUCAAUGGCGUGAUCAAUCAUCUGUUUAUGGUUUAAAUUUUAUGACUAAAAUAGAAGCAGAUGAAUUUGGUGCAUGUAUGAGUAAAAUUUUAGAAACUGUCAACAAUAAUAAUAUAUCAAUGAUACCAAUAGAAAUUAUUCAUAAUAAUAAUAUUAAUAAUAAUAAUAGUUUAUCUUCUCUUCCUAUUUCUUCUCCUUCCUUUCCAACAUCAACAAUUUCUCGCAAUUCUACAAAUACAAAUAUAAAUACACGACAGUUAAAUCAGUUACCCAGCACGUCCUCAAGCACUUCUUCUCCUACUACUCCAUCUUUACACGAUGACAAAAAUAAACAACAAUCAUUUUUAAAUAAUAAUUUAAACGAACAGCAACAACAUUGCGGUACACAUCCACGUCAAACUUCAAAUUUAUCAUCAGCAGGUACAACGUAUUAUGCACCAAAUACACAGCAACAACAACAACAACAACAACAGCAACAAUAUACAACAAUAAAUAAUUAUAUUUCACCUCCAGGAAAUCAUAAUUCGUUAAAUGAUGAAGAUGAAACUAAUAAUCAUUAUGCGUUAAUAUCAGAUUCAUACUCUUUUACAGAUACUUAUAAUACUAAUAAUCGAACAAAUAAUAAUACACUUCAAAGACCCUCAUCACCACAAAAAAUGGCUGCUGCUCCUCCACCUCCACCACCACCGCCUCCAGGUGGCCUUUUCGCAAUACCAGCAAAAGAUCAACAAUCUUUAUUGAAUCCAAAUACCAGCAAUACGGCUAUACGUAAAACAACUACAUCGACAACUCCGCCAACCAUGGAUCUAAUGACAGAAAUGCAACAGAAAAUCGCUCAACGUCGACGACGAGUAGGCGAUACUGAUCAUACUAGUGGUGAUCAUACGGGUGCUGAAUCACCAUCUACAGGAAAAGCAAAUACAUUAAAACCAUCAACACCUUCAAGUAUACAAAAUUCUACAAUUGUUCCUACGUCUCCUCGAGUUACAAGAAAGACUGAAUUAACAUCCACAGGACAAGCAAAUUUAACAUCGAAUGAUGUUGAAAAAUUGAAACAGGACAUAUUAAUUGAAGUACGCAAAGAAAUUGAUAAAGCUAAACAAGAAAUAAUUCAAGUCAUUAUAGAAAAUUUUAAAAAAUAA